GAGGAGGGUUUUAAAGUUGCCGGAUGCAGCCGGGGCUGGAGCACACAAGUGUGGGUUGUUUAUUAUCCCCAGCCUAUGGGGACACCUUGGAAGGGUCGUGAAAGAGUCCCAAGCACGUUCCUUCUCCUGAAGGAAACGAGUAAACUGAGAAAACAGCCCAGAAACAGCUGAGCAUCCACCAGGAGACUCAUGGCCCACCACCUGCCCCAAAAUUCUGGAGAAAGGUCAUUUCGCAGAUAUCGAUGGAGCACUUGCAGUGCACCAGGCACUAUCCUAGCUCCUGGAGAUACAGCAGUGAACAAAUCAGACACACGGCCCUCUUGGGGCUGAUGGUUCUGGCUGCCCCGAGGUGGUGGUAGUAAAGUAAAGCCCUCAGGCCUUUACUCCCCGCGGAGAUGGGAAAGUCUCAGGGCAGCAGUAAGAGUCCGUUCGGUCUUGGAACGUCCAAUUAGGGCCUUACUCUACGUCAGGCGACAAGCAGCACUCACUCUGGCUAGAGGAGUCUGGCACCUAAGGGUGCCCACCUGGGACUCGGGGGUCUUGCUAUAGCCAAGCGCUUAACACAAGACCUGGCAUGCGGUAGUUGCCCCAUAAAUGGUGGCACUUUUGUGGUUCCGAGGGGGUGGCUAACUGUCCAGGCUUGGCCGGGAAGGUUAGGUAGUAUCCACCACGUGGAUGGCUGGUACCGAGAACCUGCCGGGUUGGUGUGCGCACGCGCGUCCUCCUGGAGGCCCGCCCCUGGGGCCCCGGCCUCGCCCCCUUAGCGCGUUCUGGCCCCGCCCUUGGUGCGCGCGGGUCUCCGGAGUGCUCUUGUGGUGAGCUUGGCGGCGACAAGAUGACUUUGGAGGCGAUCCGCUACUCACGGGGCUCACUACAGAUCCUUGACCAGCUGCUGCUGCCCCAGCAGAGCCGCUACGAGGCGGUGGGCUCAGUGCGCCAGGCCUGGGAGGCCAUCCGCGCUAUGAAGGUUCGGGGUGCCCCAGCCAUUGCGCUCGUGGGCUGCCUCAGCCUUGCGGUGGAGCUGCAGGCGGGCGCCGGGGGACCGGGACUCGCCGCGCUCGUGGCCUUCGUGCGCGACGCGCUGAGCUUCCUUGUCACCGCCCGGCCCACUGCCGUCAACAUGGCCCGCGCCGCCCGAGACCUGGCCGAGGCUGCAGCCCAGGAGGCGGAGCGGGAGGGCGCCACCGAGGAGGCGGUCCGGGAGAGAGUGAUCCACUGGGCUGAGGACAUGCUGGAGAAAGACCUCAGGGACAAUCGAAGCAUUGGGGACCUGGGAGCCCGCCACCUCCUAGAGCGGGCAGCACCCGGGGGCGACAAGGUGACGGUACUGACCCACUGCAACACUGGUGCACUGGCCACCGCUGGCUAUGGCACAGCCCUAGGUGUGAUCCGCUCACUGCACAACUUGGGCCGUCUAGAGCGUGCCUUCUGCACGGAGACUCGGCCUUACAACCAGGGAGCCCGGCUGACAGCCUUCGAGCUGGUCUACGAACAAAUCCCCGCCACCCUCAUUGCAGACAGCAUGGCGGCAGCUGCCAUGGCCCACCAGGGCGUGUCAGCCGUGGUUGUGGGAGCCGACCGUGUGGUUGCCAAUGGCGACACAGCCAACAAAGUGGGAACCUACCAGCUAGCCAUCGCCGCCAAGCACCAUGGCAUCCCCUUCUAUGUGGCUGCCCCCAGCUCCUCCUGUGACCUCCGUCUGGAGACAGGCCAGGAGAUCAUCAUUGAGGAGCGCCCCGGCCAGGAGCUGACCGAUGUCAAUGGGGUCCGGAUUGCGGCACCCGGCUUAAUUAGCACUGGUCAAAAUCCCUAAGACCAUGAAAAGCGGAGUUGACAACUCACCUUGCCCCUCCCCCAAGAAAACCGAGUAACGCAGGCCGUCCCGGGGCCCCCGACAGUCUGCUCUGGCAAUGGUGACAGAGAUGCAGACCCCAGGGGGAUGGAUCUUCUGAUUUUUCCAAGAGAAGCCAUACUUUUUUUUUAAAACAAGAUAAGUGCAUUUAAUGUGUUUAAAGAAAUUAACUUCUUUUUUAAGUAUUACUUUUUAAAUCUUUUUUACCACCUUUACUGUGGUAUAAUUCCUGUACAGUAAACUACACAUAUUUCAGAUGUACAAUUUGACGAAUUUUGAUAGAUGUAUACACCUAUGGAACCACCACAAUCAAGAUAGCUACUAUGAAAUUUCCCACAUUUUGAAAGCUGGCAGCUAAUUCAGUGGUCUUAAAAAACGAUGAGCCAGAGACAAGAAAGUUACAGGCCACCAGUUUGCAGCCUCUUGUGUAAGAGAUUGUUAGUCAUUCAGUAACUAUUUUUGAGCACCUGACCAGUGCUAGGUUCUGGGGAUACAGGAGUGAAAAAAGAUACAAAAGUUCCUGCCCUCAUGGAACUGACAGUCCAGUGGGGAGACAGAUGACAAACACAAUAAAUAAUAAAAUGAGUGCAUGUUAGGAAGGAGAAAUAAAUGAGGUGAGGAAGGAUUAAACAGUAUGAUCAGAGAAGUUCUCACUGAGGUGGUGACAUUUGAGCAAAGAUCUAGAGGAAAUGAGACAUCAAAUCACAUGCCUAUCUGAGAGAAAGCAUCCAGGCAGAGGGCACAGCCUGUGCAAAGGCCCUGAGGUGGAUUGUUGGAGGUUUCUGGGAGCAGGCAUAAGUGGGGUGGGUGUAUAUAAGACUUUGAAGCUUUCUUCUUGAACAGCAACAAUGCAGGAAUGGUAGGGGAUCUAAAUUCAUUACUAGGUGUCAAAACCCAUGCCUUUGUGAAUUUGUGGGAUGAGGAUCCCCAGAUUCUCAAGGAUCCCCAAUCCCAAGAACCACCAUGGGAGAAACAGGUGACAAUAGCUUGAGAACUUUCACUGAACCAAAUACCUGCCCUCUUGCCCCCCCUUGCCCCUGCAGGAAUUGCGAUUUGGAAUCCUGCCUUCGAUGUCACCCCGCACGACCUCAUCACCGGUGGCAUCAUCACGGAGCUGGGUGUCUUCGCCCCUGAGGAGCUCCGGGCAGCCCUAAGUGCCAGGGGCUCCUGAGUGGGAGACCCUAGAUGGACUCCAGAAGUAACCAACCCAGCUCUCCAUAUCCUGCCCUCAUCCCUCUAGGUUUUAUAAUAAACAUAUUGAAUGGCC